UUUCUCCUCGGACGCGAAUAUUUCCGACCGGUUCCUCACCUGUAAUAAUCCUGUGUGGUAACGAGAUGACGUGGUCGUCGUCGUCGUCCUCGUCGUCGUCGUCGUCGUCAUGUCGCCGCUCCUCCCUCCUCCUCCGCCUCCUCCUUCGCCAUUAAUGGCGUCGAGCUCCACCUCCCUCCUCCGCCUCCGCCUCCGCCUCCGCCUCCGCCUCGAGAUCCGUGCCCCAAAUCCCUAGCGCCUCCUCCUCCGCCGCCGCCGUAGAGCGCCGUGGGCUCGCUCCUCCUCCUCCUCCUCCUCCGCGAGAUCGGUUUUUUCCUCCUGCUUUGCCGUAGCAAUUUGGGUUCUGUUCUCUUGAGGGGAAAGAUGGUGGACUCGGUUGAUGUGGUUUUGGAGUUCUUGAAGAAGAACCGAUUCGCCAAGGCCGAGGCCGCGCUUCGCAGGGAGCUGAACGGCCGAUCGGAUUCGAAUGGGCUACUUGAGAAUAACCUUGCGGAAGCAAGGGAUUCGAGAGGGAGAGAUGCGGAAUUGUGGAGCGCGGGGUUCUUGAAAGAGUUCAUUGUGAAGGAGAUUGGAGUCGGGGGCGUCGAGAACGGGAGCGAAGUUGCGAACGGUUUUGGUUGUAGUCAACUUCGAGAGAAUCGAUCCGGAGACCUGUACCCUCUGAACCCCAAUGCAGAGAAUAGUAAUAGUAAUUCCGUCUCCUUUUCGAAGGAGAGCGGUAGCAUUGCAGAGAAAUUCGCGGAAAUUUUUAUAUCAGGGGAGCCCAAGCAUCGAGGCAAAUCAUUGAUGGCGGAAAAGAGGGAUUCUGCUGCGGGAAAUGGAUCUGGUGGAAGUGGGAAAGGAAAAUUGGAUGUCGAAGAGAGACCGGAUACGAGCCAAAAUUCCGGAUUUAGGGUUAGCGAUGCUAAUCCGAAAAGCUAUUUUCCAGACAACCUUUGGUUGGAGCACGAUGAACCGCCGAAGGGGUGUUCAGUGAAGACGCUUUUCCCAUUUCCUGGCGACAAUGCCUCGUGCAGUUACGACGGUUCUGUUGGUAAUGGGAAUGGCGGCGGAGAGAUGAAGAGGGAUUAUGAAGCUAUUGAAACGAAGGAGCAGCUUUGUGAAAGUGCGGAUCUGAAAACUAGUGAUAAGAAAUUGGAUUUACCUCCGAUCGGUGAGAAACAAAGGGAAGAGCUGCCGAGACUGCCUCCUGUAAAGCUUAAGUCCGAAGAAAAGUUAGCUAAUACGAAUUGGGAGGAAAAGAGUCAUGUGUUGGGGCCAAGGAUAGCGAACGGAGACAACGGCUGUUUGAUUGGGUCUUUUCUUGAUGUCCCUGUUGGGCAAGAGAUCAGCUCCUCAGGUGGGAAGAGAACAAUUGGAAAUAGUUGGCUUUCUGUUAGCCAAGGCAUUGCUGAGGAUUCUUCUGAUCUAGUAUCUGGCUUUGCUGCUGUUGGUGAUGAGUCACUCGACUAUCCGAAUGAUUAUUGGGAUUCCGACGAGUACGAUGAUGACGAUGAUGUGGGUUACACACGGCAACCAAUUGAGGACGAAGCCUGGUUUCUAGCACACGAGAUUGACUAUCCGAGCGACAAUGAGAAGGGAAAUGGUGGACCUGGUCCAGGGAGUGCCCUAGACCAACCAGACCGUCCCCCCAUGAAGGAUGAUGAUGAUGAUGAUGAUGAUGAUGAUGAUCAUUCUUUUGCAGAAGAAGAAGAAGAAGAAGAAGAUUCUUGCUUGUCAGGCGAGCAAUAUUUCCAGGCAAAGAAUAUUGACCGUGUGGCCUCUUCAAAGGGGUCGAUGGGACUUAGGACGAGUGAAAAUGAUUUGAUAGCUCAGUAUGACGGGGAGCUUAUGGAUGCUGAAGAGCUAAAAUUGAUGCGUGGUGAACCGGUUUGGCGGGGUUUCGUCACUCAAAAUAAUGAACUUGUUAUGCUAGGAAAUGGCAAAGCGCGACCUGAUGAGACCUUUGUGGAAGAUGAUCAUCAUGGCUCAGUCAGAUCGAUUGGCGUGGGAAUAAGCAGCGAUGCUGCUGAUAUAGGCAGUGAAGUGCGUGAAAGCUUGGUUGGAGGAAGUAGUGAAGGGGACUUGGAGUAUUUUCAUGAUCACGAUGUUGGUAUCAUUGCGAAAAGAAAUUCAAGUGAUAAUAUGAAGGGAAUAAAACCUGAUCAUAGAAAUAACACAAUGGCUUUUGAGAAGGCUGUAUUUUCUUUUCCAUCACCGAUUAGCACUGAAGAUGUGAUGGAGGCUAGCUCCGGUAGACCUAUACGGUCAAACAGGGGCAGUACUGUUAUUGAUGAUGAUUCUAUAGAAUAUGAUAAUGGCCUAAAAAUUGGUGAUGAAAAGAGUUCUGAUAUUAUUAGAUCGAGGGACUCAACUGCUUCAUCGGCAUCAAACUACAGUUAUGCUUUAACAGGGGAUAUCAACAAGUUAAAUGAUCAUGAAGUAAAUAAUCAACAAGAAGAAGAUCCAGCGUCCACUCUAGAGGAUGAAGAACUGGCAGCGUUGCAGGAACAAGUGAGACAGAUACAAGCUCAGGAAGAGGAGUUCGAGACCUUUGAACUUAAGAUUGUGCACAGAAAAAACAGAACUGGGUUUGAGGAAGACAAAAAUUUUCACGUCAUGCCAAAUUCAGUGAUAGCUGGACGUUAUCACGUCACUGAGUACCUUGGCUCAGCUGCAUUCAGCAAGGCCAUUCAAGCGCAUGACUUGCACACUGGCGUGGAUGUAUGCAUCAAGAUAAUAAAGAACAACAAAGAUUUUUUUGAUCAGAGCCUUGAUGAGAUCAAACUUUUAAAGUAUGUGAACAAGCAUGAUCCCGGGGACAAAUAUCAUAUCCUGCGCUUGUACGACUACUUCUACUACCGGGAACACUUACUAAUUGUUUGCGAGCUUCUCAAGGCAAAUUUAUAUGAAUUUCACAAAUUCAAUAGAGAAUCUGGAGGGGAGGUUUACUUCACAAUGCCAAGGUUGCAGUCAAUCACUAUUCAGUGUCUGGAAGCACUUCAGUUUCUUCAUGGACUCGGUCUUAUUCAUUGUGAUUUAAAGCCGGAAAAUAUUUUGGUAAAGAGCUACAGUAGGUGCGAAGUGAAGGUCAUCGACCUUGGAAGUAGCUGCUUUGAAACAGAUCAUUUAUGUUCUUAUGUACAGUCGCGAUCUUAUCGUGCACCCGAGGUUAUUUUGGGCCUCCCAUAUGAUAAAAAGAUCGAUAUAUGGUCACUUGGAUGCAUCCUGGCUGAACUUUGCACUGGAAAUGUUCUUUUCCAAAAUGAUUCUCCUGCAACUCUACUGGCACGUGUAAUUGGAAUCAUAGGCCCCAUUGAGCAAGGUAUGCUUGCCGAGGGACGAGAUACCUACAAAUGUUUUACGAAGAACCACAUACUGUACGAAAGAAAUCAGGAAACGAACAGGCUCGAGUACUUGAUGCCGAAAAAGACGUCACUACAGCACCGCUUGCCGAUGGGUGACCAAGGGUUUAUAGACUUUGUCACUUACCUUCUCGAGAUCAACCCUAAGAAGCGACCGAGUGCAUCUGAAGCACUGAAGCAUCCGUGGCUCUCCUACCCUUACGAGCCAAUAUCAUCAUGAACCACUGUUCCUUGUAGAUUAUUUAACCCUCUUUGAAGUCCUUUUUUUCCCCCUUGUUUCUUUUGCACCAUGAUAAAAUGAAAUAUUCUGGUGCACCAACCUGUAUUAUUUUUUCCCGCUAAUUAACAAUUAGUUCCACUACUAGUGCUUGCCGAAGAAGUUUAAGAGUAGUCUUCUUGUGGUCUUACUCUCACGUCCGAGUGUAGUUGUUCCCCUCUAUUUGCUUGGAAUUGUGUUGUAAUUUUUUUGUUGUUUUAUGAUGUAAUUUGUUAUUUCUGCUUUUGCUUUUUUUUUCUUUCUUUUUGGGUGCAGGAUGUAAUUAGAGAUGAACUUAGAAGUGUGUUUGUAUGGGAGGGGUGAAGGACUAUGUCCUUUUGUAAAUGAUGUGAUUAUUGCUGCGGCCUUAAUGUAGUGUUGUUCCACUUUAUA